UUACCUAUUCCCUCACCUAAUAAAAAAUCGGAAAAGUUUUGUAAUUUUGGUUAAGUGGAUAAUAUUUGUGUUUUCCUCAUUUAAGGGAUGGAGGUUCGAGUCCGUUCACUUCCCAAUCGUCUAAAAUUUAUAGAAAUUUUUUCAAAAAAUUUUUUCAGCCUAAAAAUAAAUUUAAAAAUUAUUUCCCCCAAAAAUGAUGUUUAUUAAUCCACGUCAUGUUGACGUUGAUUGUUAUGACGAUGAAGAGGAUACCGAAAAAGGAAAACAACGAGGACGACAGAGAAGUUCGAGGGAAAGGGAUGGAUUUGAAAAUGGAUAUUUACAACGUAUAACCUUAAUUCUUGUAUGUAUUUACUUGUUUAUUUCAAUAUGUUUGGCUCUCUUUUAUUAUCCAUUGUCAAUUCUAAGUGUCGUUCCUUUCCCACUAAUUGUUGUUACAGUAACUAUAUUUGCUGCUAUGAAUAGAAAAGGGGAUGAAAUUACUACUUUGUGGUUUUGUGCUAUUGCCUCGGGGUUCGGAGCAUUUGGAAAAUUAGUUGCAAUAAUAGUCUUUUCAAGUAUUUUUGGAUUUACAAAGGGAGUAGAGGUGGAAAAUAGGAGACGUGGAGGGAUGCAGUCUGUGCCCCACACACAGGAAGGUAAAAAUUGA